AUUAUUACGACGUACGACGUAUUAAUAUCGAUUGCUCUCCCCUGGAUCGCCAAACAAGCGCUCUGAUUGGUCAACAGAUCCCGGCGCCAAAAGAGGAAGGAGGAAGUGUUGUCAACACAGAAGAAGAGAAUAUUUGCUCAACAUUUGAGUAAAUAUACUGUUAAAAUCUACGUUUAACGUCGUUCGGCCCUAAAAUGGAUACGCAGUCCUAUCUACCCGUACAACCUGGGGUAGGAAUGCAGGAGAAUUUCCUGUCUCUCGAUGAUAUUCUGCUCUCGCAUGAGAGACUUCCCAUCCGCACAGAGUGCAUCUUCCCCCGGCUGGGAUACCUGGAGAAGGCGACCGAUGCGCAGGACAUACCGCAGGGCACAAAGAUGGAGCUCCCUCUGUGGCUGUCCAAGGGUCUGUACGAGAGGAAGAGGAGAGUGCUGUCAGUGGAGCUCCCCAAGGUGUACAGAGAGGGCUGGAGGACUGUGUUUAAUGCCGAUCCCAACGUGGUGGACCUGCACAAGAUGGGGCCCUACUACUAUGGCCUGGGAUCCCAAAUGCUGCACUUCGACAGCCCAGAGAACCCAGAGAUUGCUCAGACGCUGCUGCAGACGUUCAUCGGCCGCUUCCGACGGAACAUGGACUCCUCCCAGAACGCCUACAACGAGGACACGUCUCCGCUUGUGGAGCGCCUGGACUGCUUGGAGAAGGCCCUGUUCACGUCGGGGCAGAGCGGCCUCAACGGCUUCCAGAGCUGGGAGAAGGGCCAGGCCUCGCAGCUCACCGCCUCCAGCCUGGUCCUCAACUACCGCAAGAGGAAGAUGGCCGACGUGCCCCCCUGAGCCUUACUUUCGAUGUCGCCCCCACCCGCAUACCCUCUGAGCCGAAUCCCCCCAGUGGGACUAGGUUUUAUUUAUUAUCUCAUGUCCAUGCCGUGUUUCCCGUAUCCGCACAUUCAGUGUGUUCAUGAUCCAUUUGCUUGUUGAACUGUUGAUGCACAUUCACAUCUCAGGAUAUGAAUAGUCAGUUGCUGAUGGUUUUGCAUCAAGUAAAGAUUUCUGUUGCUUUACAAAUCAUACAGUAGCCUGUCUCUCUUUGCUCGGCAAUACAGAUGGCUAACAGGAGGAUUUUAAACUGGUUGGUACAUGUAACUAUUUCCUUAAAGCAAUGAGUGGCUGCCCAGCAGAACUCAAUAUAUGAAAAAGAUGACUAGAAACGGUAAAGAACCAAUUUAACCUUCUAAGCUUGGAUGUGAUUUAUUAUGACUUCCUCCAUGAAGCAGGGUGUUCUUUUCCCAGAGAUAAAAGGUUUAACAUAGGGCUGCUACUAACAAUUGUUUUGAUAAUUAAUAAGUCGAUUAUAUUUUCGAUGAAUUGUAUAAGAAAAACAGCAUUAAAAAGCUUUAAUUUUCCAACCCUUCAUUCUAAAACAGAACUUCAAAUUCACAUUGCAAAAAUACUUCAGAGACUAAGUACAGGUUGAUCCUUGAACAUAAUAAUAUAUUUAAAAAAAUAAAUACAAAUCAGAAAAUUGAACAGAAUUUGUUUUAACGUCAGAACUUCACUCUAUACUACACUCACAGACCAACACACACACCCAUAUUCACUUGAAGCUUAUUCAUUCAAUUAUCAUUGUAGUGUAAGUUAAGUAAAUGUAUACAUCACAUCUAAAUACAGCAAAAAAAUAACCAAGUGCUAUGAGAUGAAUUAAAAAUGGCAUUUGUAAAUAAAUAACCCACAGUAUAUGCGCAAGGUCACUAGACCACCGUGUAUCACAACAUACAAAUAUUUGUCAACAAUAACCAAAAUUGGCACGAAAUAUUUACAAGACAACAGAUUGAAAAAUUAGUGGUCCAAAAAAGAGUAAAUAAAAACGUUUUUAGUCUUGCUUAUUGCUUUACUGCUGUUAUUAACACUAGUAGCUGGAUGACGAGUAAACAGCACCAGCAGAAAUAUGUCAUACUCCGGAGGAGAAGCUUAUCUUCCUAAAUUAAAUUAAAUGAGAUGAAGUUUAUCUUCUUUAUUUGUACUUUAAAAGGUUUUGGGGUUUUAAGGCUCAUUUUGUUGAGCUCAGCAGGUUGCUAGGCAACGGGAGCUCCGGAGGUAAUGCCAAUGACGCAAGCAAGAAGUCCCCCUGUAGGCCAGACCGUCCCAUGUCAGAGACCUUUUGGUUCAGCCUAUGCGGUUGUUGGAGCACUCAGACCAAGUCUACCACGAAGGCUGGAGGCUACAAGGAUGCAGCCUAGCGACUUUGAGACCAAGGAAGUACAAAUACUUUGUUACGUUACUUACUUAUUUCUUUUUCAGACUUUUUACUUAUACUCCUUACAUUUUCAUGCAAAUAUCUGUACUUUCUAAUUAAAAAUAGCC